UUCUGACCACUACAUUGGUGGAAAAGUUACUGAAAAAUCAGCUGAUUAUAAUCCUCUGAAGAUCAGAAAAUUAAAAAAAUUAUAAUUCAAGAUUCUUGAAUUAAAUUACUAUGAAAUUUUGUUGGAUUAAAUAUAUUUUACAUUAGAAAUGAAAAAAUGAUAAAUUCGGCAUAUUCUUUACCGAAUGAAAGCAGGAAUUAGAAAUUAAAAGAACAAUACUCUACGACACCUAGAAUCCAAAGUCGAUUUAUUUAGGGGAAAAUUAAGUUUGAAGGUUUGUAAGAAUCCUUGGUGGGCAAGCGCAGAUCCGAAGCCGAUUCGUUUACGACGAUCCCCACUCAGUCUUUUCGGGUGCACCAUGUUCCUCGUUUCACAGUGCCGACGAGAGAAUUGGACACAACGCAAUGUCCGUUCGCCAUUACUGUCGAGAGGAGGUACGAAAAGUUCUCUCGAAGUAUAUUCGGUUUUCUCGUUACAAACCGACUUUAAAUGCAGAAAAACGUAACAGAAUUAACGCAAAGGCUAUUACGAUCGUUAGAUAGUAAUUACAAUGUCAUCAAUAUGUUUGAAAUUGUUGAAAUUAUAUCUCUGUUGGAAAAAGUGGCUAUUACCAAAGAAUUAUUGGAGACCACCAGACUGGGUAAACAUAUUAAUGAAUUGAGACGUAAAACGACAAAUGCUGAUUUAUCAAGACGUGCUAAAGAGCUCCUAAAGAAAUGGCGAAGCAUGGUAAUUCCUACAGAAAACGGUCAAAUAAAAUUAAGUCCUCCUUUGCAAGAUAAAGAUUUAAAACGGCCAAAAAGUCCUGUGCAGGAUGUAGCAAAAUUAAGAGUGAGGUCUUCAACUCCCACAAAGGUAAGCCCUCCUAUGCUUGCCCAAAAGGUUGCUAGUCCAAUAAUGCAUGCAGAAAGGUUAGUUAGUCCUAAUUUACAAGGCAAUAGAAUAACUAAUUUUGAGAAAACGGUAAGCCCAAGCAUGAAACAAGUAAGUCCCAAACUGAUGGUUCAGUUUCAUAACCAGGCUACUAGUCCACCUUUAGUUGCUGGUCAAAGUGCAGAUGUCAAUCUAAAUCAAUUGAAUACUAAGAAAAGACCAGCUAAAAAUUCUAUUGACCAUAUCAAUGCAAAAAGAGCAAGAAUGAACGGUGGAGUCACGGACUUGGACUUCUCUGAUAACUCAAACUCUAGUUUUAAAGAUGUGAUAUUACCUUUGGCUAAUAAGCCAGAGCUCAAGUCCGACGUGAUAUUAAUAAAUUCUGACUCAAAUUCCAGUUUUUCAGAAAAAACUGUCGAACCACAAAUUGAUCAGCAACAACCAAAGAAGAGAGGACGUAAAAAAGGUUCGAAAAACCACAAGAAUCUCCUAGAUGAAGCAGAAGCAUCAUUCACUAAUAAUUUAGCAGCGUCUGCAUCAAGAGGAAACUCUAAAGUGAAGACAACGCAAGAACUGCUAGCAAGCAUUCAAAAUAAAAACUCCGUACUAGUGGGUGCAGGUUUGAAACCAAAGGAAGAUUUAGAAGAAAAAGCUGCCAAACUAACGGAACGCGUAUCUAUUAUAGAUCAAAAGCUCAAUGCCAAUACCCAUAGGAAUAAGUAUUCUCAAAAAAAUAAAUUCAAUGUUUCUAGUAAUUCUCGCAAUGAGAAAGUAUUAGAAAGUGGAUCAGUCAUUAAUGACAAGAGCUUAAUUAAUAAAUUAAAAGAAGAAUAUGAUGAAGAAAUAGUGGUUGUAGAUGACAUUGCGCCAGAUUCAGAUAGUAACUUCGAAAAUAAAAUAGAAAAUAGAGAGUCUGAAACAACUUUACAUGAAAACGUUGUGAAGUCUUUGAGUAUAGAGGAAGCAACAUCGCUGUUACCACCUAUAGACAAAUCAAUUUUAUUGGAGGAUGAUAGCUCACAACCACCUUGUACUUGCUUUAUUAAAGAAAACAAACUGGACUUCUCAGUGGACGACGAAGAUGUCGAACAGCCUCCGCCUUAUGAAAUAAUAGAGGACCCAGAAUGUGCUGCUAAAUGUUACCUGGCCAACAAAUAUAAAACAUUUGAUAUUUCAAAUGAGAAAGUAAAUCACUUACAUGACAAUAACAUUCCUAAUGUUAAUGGUAACUAUAGCAUAGGAUCUUCAAAACCAGAGCCACAAGUCAGGAACGGCUUGUAUGUAAACAUAGUGCCUAAUAUAUAUGAGAGGUUAGAAAGGGAUGUAAGAAAUUUUAAUGGUGAAACUUUUAAAAAAUAUAGUGUAUCAAAAGAAACCGACGACGGUGUUAGUGUGAUAAAUGAUAAAAUAGAUGAAAAAAAUAAAUGGAUAAGAGAGAAUAGUGAGGAAAAAAGUGAUAUUUGUGAGAGUCGGACAGAAGACAAAAAAGUUUUUCGAGAGUGGUAUGAGUGUUUAGAUAAACCUAGUUAUAAUGGGGAUAUUUUAAGAAUUUUGCCAUAUUGCAUUGUAGACUAGAGGUAUUACAAUUUAAUUAGGGGACCAUUUUGAUUGCCUUCCAGUUGGACUCAUGAAUCCUCGUUUUUUAAUAUUCCAGAAAUGUUUCUAAUAUGCAGUUAAAAAUAGUUAUAUUGAAAUGUAUAUCUGAUUCCUCUUUCUUACUUUUAAACUAUUUUUUAUUUAUAAAAAUACUAUAUUAUUUAGAUCAUUUAUCUAAUACAGUGUGUCAAAAAAUUUGCAACAAUUGGGAAAAUUUGUCAUUUUUUUUGUUAUGUGCGGAAGAAAUUCUACAUAAUUCAGUAACACAAAAAUAAAUUCAAUGUUUCGAAUUUUUUGGCAGACCCUGUACUAUAUUAUUUAGGUGAUUUGUUUAAUAUUAAAUCACUUAAGAUUUACGAAUAAUUUCUUAAGUAGAACCAAAAAAAAUGUUACUUAAAUGGAAAAUGGCCUAUGAGUCCAGUUGUAGGUGUUACUUCCUUAUAUAUGCAAAUCGAAUCAAGGCAAAAAUAGGUCCCAGCGUUAAAAAUUAACUAGUCUAUACAUCUACUGAUUAACACAAAAAUGUUUAAAUAUAGUGUUGAUUAAAGCAAGUGCCCUGCAAGUAAAUUUCAUGUUAGGUAAUAUUUUAUCCCGCCAAAUGAUGUCUUUCUAGUCUCAAAUAGAUGUUUUACUUAUUGCUUAAUUUCACUUUGAUGCUCUUGUAAGGUAUUUUUUGUUCGAAUACAAUAUUAUACAUUUUAUAAUCUUGUUCAGUUGUUUUAAAUUAUAAUAUACCGGGUGCGUCUGAAAAGUAGCUCACCCCUACAACUUUAUUUUCCAUAUAAAAAAUCGAGAUUUGG